UCUGAUGGCAGGGAAACUUCCUGCUGUCAGAAUACAAUAGUGCAAUGGAAGGGAUUCCCCCAUCAACACAUUGAGCGAUUUUCUUUCUUUCAACGCAUGAAUGGGCAGACCAGGGGCGGACUGACCAUUUGGAAACUCGGGCACUGCCCGAGGGCCCGGGGUCAGUAGGGGACCCCAUGAGAUGCCUCUGGUACCUUUUUCAUAGGCUUUUUUGAGUUUGGGCAAGGACACAGGGGCCCCAUGAUCCCCUAUUGCCCGGGGGCCCCAUGA